CUUUUCUUGCUAUACCAAGAUGAAGUUCGUUUACUUUCUAAAUCUAGCUACGAUAGCAUUAGCUGGCCAUCACCAACGUAAUCACCGUCAUGUUUUACACAACAGACAGGAUACCAGUAGCAGCAGUUCAACUAAUUCUCCAUCCUCUUCAUCAUCAUCUUCAUCUAUCCCUCAAGGUUCAACAGGCACUGGUGGUACUUUCGACCACAUCCCUAAUUCUUCAGAUAUACCACUUAGUUCCAUCCUUCCUGGUCAAAACUUAUCCGGUAAAACUAUGACAAUGCCAACUACUGCUUCACCAGGUCAAGUUCCCUUCUCUGGCGCACCUGCUAUGCCUUCUUCAAGUCCUUCAGUUUCCGAAUACCCUGAAAUGGAUAAAACUCCACCCGUCGAUCAUCCUUUGGUACAAGAAUGGAUUUCUGCUAUUGAUUGGGAAAAGGUUCCGGGUUGGUCAAGAACUGAAAACACAGACGAAAUGUGCUCUGAUAACGAGGAUGCACAUAAUGAAGCUGGAGAAGAUAAGCGUUGUUGGUGGACUUGCGGUGGUUGUACUGCUGAAGAUGACAUUACUCAAUGUCCAAACAAUCUCUCGUCCAGAUAUGCUUCGCGCUGAACUCGUUCUUGGUCACCAAUUGUCUGUUCAUACUUGGUCUCACCCAUACCUAACCACUCUCACAAAUGAAGAAUUGGUUGCCGAACUUGGAUGGACCAAGAAAAUUAUUCAAGAAGUUACUGGUUUAACUCCAAACACCAUGCGUCCACCUUUUGGUGAUAUCGAUAAUCGUGUUCGUGAAAUUUGUCGUCAGAUGGAUUUAACACCAAUUAUUUGGACCGCUGCUGAAGUUGGCGGUAAAGAUUUCACUUUCGACACCAAUGACUGGAAAAUUGCUGGUGGUUCCGUUUCAACAACCAAGUCCAAAGAAACUUUCGAGAAGAUUUUGAACUCUGCAAAAGACAUUGACAAUGGUUUCAUUGUUCUUCAACACGAUUUAUACCAACAAUCAGUUGAAUUAGCCGUUGCUUACGUCCUCCCAGAUGCUGUUAAUCGUUCACCAAAGUUGAACUUAUUGAGUGUAAUUGAUUGCUUGCAAAAACCACAAACUGAAGCAUACAUUGAAACCUCGGCUAACAAGACCAAACCAUAUGAAGUCGGUACCGAUCAAUCAUCAGCAAAAUCUAUUAGACACUCAAUUUCAUUAGCGAUUAUUGCAACAUUAGCAAUUUCAAUCAACCUGAUCUAACGAUGUACAAAUCAUUCAAUUUGCACUUUAAUAUAGGGACCUCCAUUAAUCAAAAGUACAAUCUUACACCUUUGUUUUCAUAAACUGAACUUUUUGUUAUACAACCUUUAUAGUAUAUAUAUAUACAUUC